AUGGCCGACGAGGCGCUACGUGAACGUCUCAAAACCCUUCGCUCAGGCAACAAACCAUCCGCUCCCGUUCCCACACCAGCACCCGACCCUGCCGCACCUGCACCAAAGACCAGUGGCUCGCACGACGCCGCUGCCACCGAGUCGACCGCCGCCGACGACGACGAGCUCUUCCGACGACUGAAAGCGCUUAAGGGCAUCUCCACGCCAAGGGGUAUCACCACAUCGAUCCGACCGUCCAACACACCGCACGUGCCCGCCCGCACGGUACCCGAGGACGAGCAGGACCAGAUCGACGAGCUGAUCCGCCAGACGCAGCAGCUGGUCGACAUCGAAGGCGACAGCCCCAGCGACGCGGCCCAGCUAGACCCGUCCUCGGACUCGGACGAAUCGAUCGGCGCAAUCGAGCGAGAAGCCGAAGAGAUCAUCAAGAUGGCGCACGACGAGGUCGCCCUGGAGCGACAGAUGGGAACCAUCCCGCGCGACGACGAUGCGGCCCGUGUCGGGGCCGCCGUGCCCUCGUAUGGCGGCGUGCUGCAUCGCGAGGACGUCGACCUCGAAGACGAGCUGGCCGAGGCGGCCAAGGACGCCGACUUCCACGCCGUCGCUCCUCGCGCCGGCUCGGGCAGGACGUUCCGUCGCGCGAGGUGGACGUCGCGCACCACGCUGUUCAUGACGGUGGCCCUCGUCGUCGUCUUUUCGCUGUGCGCGGUCCCGGGCGCAUACGCGUUUGGCGCGGGCAACAUCCCUUCGUUCAGCUACCUCGAGGGCAAGGCGUUCCGGCACGGCGAUCUCGCCGACACGCUGUCUGAGCUGGCGCGAAAGACGGGCGGCCUGCUGGGCAGCAGCAAGUUUUCGGGCAUCGCCAUCAAGCGCAUCUACUUUGGCAACUGGCUGCGCGACUACAGCCAGGCGAUGGACGUGGCCGCGCUGGAAAAGAUGCCCAAGCAGACGAUCCUCAACAUUGUCAUGCUGCUCGGCUUCCUGGCGCACGGCUACGCCACCGCCGAAUUCGAGGUGACCGACGAGCGCCUCGGGACGUACCUGCCCGAGGAGCACCUCGACAACCCCAAGGGCUACGCGGACGGCAAGGAUGCGCGCCAGUUUGAUGCUCGCCUGCGUGGGCCCGUCGACCCGCGCGAGCUCGAGAUCGAUCCGCGGUCUGGGAUGAAAAACUACCUCGCCAACGAGUCCGGUGCCUGGCCGACGGGCUCGGCGCUGAUCCGCAAGACGAUCCGACGCUGCAUCGACCAGGGACGCCGGGCGCGUCAGAGCGGCCGCGAUGCCGACCUCUUUGAGGCGUACCGGCUGCUGGGCCAGGCGCUCCACACGCUCGAGGACCUGCCGGCGCACUCGAACUGGUGCGAGCUGGCGCUGAGGAAGCUGGGCUACCACCAGGUCUUUGUCCACGUCGGCGACAACGUCACCGUCCAGGCGCCCGACGGCACGCGCGUGGCGCCCCUCGUCACGGGGACGUUUGGCUCGGCCGACUUUAUCCACUCGCUGCUCGGCGAGGCGCAGGACCACCUGUCCGAGGCGUCGAUCUCGGACCUCAGCAAGGCCAUCGACAGCGCCAAGACCAAGUCGACCGGCAGCCAGCGCAGCCCGCUGCAGGAUCUGCUGGGCACGCUGACCAAGAUCCCGGGCGCCGGCGGCGACGGCGUGUCGCGCGACCUCGAGGACGUGUCGCGCGGCCCCUCGCGCGACCCGGCCCAGAUGUCGCCCAAGGAGAUCUACGCCAACAUGUGGAAGAUCCUCGAGCUGCGCGACCGCAUCGCCAAGUCGAUCGAAACGACCAUCGAAAAGAUCCCCGGCCUCAGCGCGCUCGUCGAGAAGCUGACCAACGAGCUCAACAUCUUCGUCUUUACCCUCAUCGAGCCGUACGCCAAGCCCAUCAUGCAGCAGGGCAUGAGCGCGCUCCACAUCGGCUCAGCCACCGUCAUCAACAAGGAGGACCAGUUCGAGGUGUUUACCAACCCCAACGCCUCGGACCCGACCCACUCGAUGCUGAGCAAGGACCACUUUGGGCUGAUCCUCAACGAGGUCGCCGGCAACGUGGCGCAGAUCAUUGUGCGGCACACGGUCAAGCUCGUCGUCAAGGCGUGGGACGACAACGGCAUCGACGCCGACCGCACCGCAGACGAGUGCCUGGCGCCCAUGUUCCACCCCUACUGGUUCUCGGGCCGCUCCGAGGUGCAGCGCGAGAUGCUCGACUACAUGGCCGGCUGGGCGCGCUCCCACCCGCAGGAGAUUGGCAGGCUCGACCGCGAGCACGUCCGCAGCCAUACCAACACGCGCACGGGCAAGGCCGAGCCGCACAACCACGGCGGCGACGGGCCCAGCAUCAGCUCGUUUAUGGGCGGCAGCACCAGCCAGGCCGCCCACAGCUUUGCUCCCUCGGGCCACCACGGUUCGAGCGGCCACCAGGGCGGCGGCGGCGGCGGUCUCGGGUCCUCGAUGGCCAACUACGCGUCCAACUACAUGUCGGGUCAGAUGCACAACGCCUUUGGCGGCGGCGGUGGAGGAGGCCUCUUCCGCGAAGGUGUUCCGGGCGGUGAGCCCGAGACCGGUGCGGGGGCGAAUGCGACAGGCGAGCCCAGUCACGGCCGCUACGGCUCCGGUCACUCGCAGACGGCAUCGGCACAUCACGGCGGAGAGAGUGGGUCGUACUACAACACCACCGGCGGCGGCGAGGACGACGAGCGCAGGCAUGGCCACGCGCCGGGCAGCCACGGGGGUGGCAGCAGCUACGGCGGCGGCAGCGUGACGAUGCCCGACGAGCGCGUCUACAGCAGCCAGCAGGGCGGCUACGGCGGAGGAGGGCCCGGCUAUCCUGCCCCGGGUGGCGGAUACCCUGGCUCCGGCUACCCGCCAGCUGGAGCGCCUGGCGGCUACCCGGGCCCGGGCGCCGGCGGAUUCGCACCGCCACCCGGUCCGCCAGGCGGCAUGCCGAUGCAGCCGCCGUUCAACGCGGGCCCGCCGGGCGGAUACGGCCAAGGUCCGGCCCCUCCGUUCCCUCCCGGUCCCGGGGGAUACGGUCCGCCCGGCGGGUACGGCAACAACACCGGCGGCGGCGGGUACGGCCAGGGCGGCUACCCCUACGGCGGCGGCGGUGGCUACUGA